UCAGGUGUACGGGAAGGAGUCCGGGCAGCCGGAGGCGCUGCAGGCAGGAUGUGUAACCGCUGCCGCUUCGAUGCGGCCCGGGGCCCCCGCCGGCUCAUGCGCGCGGGCCUCGCCUUGAUCCUAGUGGGGCAUGUGAACUUAUUGGUGGGAGCCGUUCUGCACGGCACCGUCUUGCGGCACGUGGCGAACCCCAGCGGGGCCAUCACCCCCGAGUACACAACGGCCAAUGUCGUCUCCGUGGGCUCGGGCCUUCUGAGCAUCGCCGCGGGACUCGUGGCGCUGCUGUCCUCCAGAAACCUCCUCCUGGCCGCACUGCACUGGGCCUUGCUGGCAGUGUCCCUGCUGAACCUGCUCCUAUCCGCCACCUGUUCCCUGGGGCUGCUCCUGGCGUUCUCGCUGACUGUGGCCAACCGAGGCCGCCGCCUCCUCGCCCAGUGCUCCGCGAGCCACCUCGACUCUUCUGCACCUGCGAAUGACUGCCCCUUUGACCCCACCCGAAUCUACGAGACCGCUUUGGCACUCUGGCUCCCAUCUGUGUUCAUGGCUGCCGCUGAGGCUACUUUGUCUGGGUAUUGUUGUGUGGCUGCCCUAGCCCUUCGGGGGUUCAAGCCCUGUGGGGAGGAAGAGUUACUGCAACAGCUUCAGGAACUAGCAGAGCCGGAAUCUCCAAAAGGGAAAAGUCAGGAAAGCCAACAGCUUUUGGAACAAAGUCAAGAAAUCCAGGCAAUGAGGAAAAACUGGGUUGUUUAGGACAGCAGUUCCUGUGAUUGGAGCUAACAAGUCUGGAGUGACAAUUUUCUUUCUUUCCUAAAGCCACAGAAAAACUAAUCCAGAUGGUGAUGUAAAUAAUUGUAAUAAAGGACCUGCUUUCCACUUCCA